AUGGAAAAACAAGAGGUUGAACAACUGGAUGCCCCAAUAAUCCUAGCAGUGAAAGGCCAGACAAGGAACACGGUAGCCUACAAGCUUGCCAAACACCUGAAAUACCCUCUCAUUGACCAAGAUGAAAUCACCCCAUUUCUCCAAAACUCUAAACAUCUCAACAACAUAUCCUUCGAGAUUUCUCUUUCAAUUGCUUCAAUCCAACUAAAAGAGUUGAAGCUCGGUGUGAUCAUCAGCACACCACUCUCUCAAAAAACACAAUUGGAUAAUUUAAAGAAACAGGCCAAGUCUGCAGGUGCCCUUCUGGUGAUAAUUCAGUGCCUGCCAAAAGAUGGAAGCAAUGAUUUCAACAUUGAAGGAGUUCCAAGGCUCAUUGUUGACCCCAGAAAGCAAACCUUUGUUGCUGAAGAAUUUGUUUCAGAUGAGUUGGAUAAGGUCAGAAAAAGAUCUUACAGGCACUUACAUCCCUUAAUCUUCAAAAAUAAGCUAAUUCCUGAAUCUGAAGUGAAGUGCAGUCGCUGUCAGGAAACCAUUCCAGGUCCGUACUAUCAAUGUUUUCUUGGAUGUGAUGAAUACAUAUUCCAUAAAGCCUGUGGAGAGCUUCCUGGUGACUUAGAACAAGUCGGGGAAAACUGCCCUAAAUAUCUAAGGGUAACUGAACCUGAAUAUCUGUUCCCAGAAAAUCUGAGAAGUAACUGCAAAAUAUGUAAAUAUAAAGGCACAGAGUUCUCGGAUGGUUGCCAUGAUUGCCUGUUUCAAACCAACAUGAAAGGUGGAUUCUUACCAAUCAUUGUUAACCAUGAAUCUCAUGCACAUCCCCUCAAUCUUCUAAUGAUGCCAUUGUCUUACAAUUAUGAGUUUAGAUGUUCUGGAUGUGGUGAUUUUGGCCAUUCUACUAGUUACAGAUGCUAUGAUUGCAACUUUAAUUUGCAUGUCAGCUGCAUUUUGCUGCCACGAACUGUUUCGUACAACUACGAUAAGCAUCCCCUCAGGCUUACCUAUGAUUCCCUUGAACAAAGUUAUUUGGAGAAAAGCUAUUGUGAAGCUUGUAAGGAGGAAAGAAAUCCAGAGCACUGGUUUUACUACUGUCCAGCAUGUGAAUCCUCGACUCACUUGAAUUGUGUCACAAAUCAGUCAACCAGGUCCUAA